AUGGUUCACUUAUAUGUGAGAACUCAAGAUCGGAAGGAGAGAAUAGAAUUCGGACUAACGAGACGUGUCGAAGAUCUUCGACCCACAGUAGCCAAGUUAUUUGGAGAGCAUGUAUAUCCACCCGAAAGGCAACGUCUUAUAUACCUGGGCAAACAAAUGGAAGAUGGGUACGCGUUGUUCGAUUACAACGUGAAACACGAGAGUACGAUACUAUUGUUUCAGAAACCGCUUGUCGAUCUUGAGUCACUUAGAGAACUGGAUGUGAGAGUAGUCAUUGAUAAUGAUACCACCAGCACCCCUAACGCGAGCACAGAUAAUGUGGAUAACACCGACGAUGCCGUUAAUAACGAUAAUGUCAACAAUGAUAAGGAGAAUCAGGGAUCAAGCAUAAAUCUUCAAAAAUCGACUUGUGAUGUCCAGGGGAAGACAAGUCUCAAGGCUGCCAGUACUUCUGAUGCCAACAAAACAAUGGAAGCUGCCGCGGAGGAUUAUUACUGCACAGCUUGCAAAAAUGUUGCAGCCAAGAAAUGUAAGGAAUGCGGAUGCUACGAGUGUGGUGGGAAGGACGAUGAACCGCAGACAAUCGUCUGCGAUGAGUGUCAGUAUUACUUCCAUCUAUACUGCUUGAAACCACCACUGAAAAGCGUACCUGAAGGUGACUGGUAUUGCCCUUAUUGUUGUCAUAAUAAUGAUGAUAUUAUCACCCCUGGUAAAGGCAUUAAUAUUUCUAGUAGGAAAAAGUCAAAGAUGCCGUCUGCUACGCAAACCAAACAUUGGGGUGGGGGAAUGGCAUGUGCUGGAGUAUCGAAAAAAUGCGAGAUUGUAGACAAAAACCAUCGCGGAAAGAUUCCUGGUGUGCCUGUUGGUUGUGCUUGGCUGUAUCGAAUACACUGUUCCGAGUCUGGCGUACAUCGUCCUCCCGUUGGAGGAAUUCAUGGCAAUUCUGAUGCUGGGGCAGUAUCGGUCGUAUUGGCAGGAGGAUAUCCUGAGGAUGUUGAUAAUGGAGAUGAAUUUACUUACACCGGCUCCGGUGGACGCGACCUGAAGACGGGGAAUAAACGAACAGCUAAGCAGGACAGUGAUCAGACGCUCACCCGUGCUAAUUUAUAUUUAGCUCAAACAUGCGAUACACCUGUGAAUGAUAAAGUUGGGGCUGUCGCAAAGAAUUGGAAGAAGAGCAAGCCAAUUAGAGUAGUUCGUAGCUACAAGUUAGCUAAGCAUAAUCCCAAGUAUGCUCCAAAGGAAGGGCAUAGAUAUGAUGGAUUGUACAAGGUAGUUAAAUAUUGGCCCGAGAAGGGAGUUGCUGGAUAUAGGGUUUGGAGAUUCCUCUUGCGUAGAGACGACGAUGAGCCCGCUCCAUGGACCGAAGAAGGCCAGCGAUAUAUAGAACAGCUUGGACUACAGACAUAUGUCUCAAGGGGAGCCGGAGAUAAAAGGAAAACGGAUGCUGAUGGGACGAGUGAUAACGAACUGUCUCCGAGGAAGAAGGCAUUAAUACGUACAUAUAAACCAUCUGAUAAGAUAUUAGCACUGAUUGAGAAGGAUAAUCGUAACGCGAGGGCCUGGAAGAGUUUGUUACGGAUCAAUGUUAUAAACGAAGCCGAAUUUCUCGCGCGAAUAAUGGAGGAAUUUAAGUGUAAUGUGUGCCAGGAUCUGGUCCAAAAUCCUGUGACCACUCCGUGUUCGCACAAUGCUUGCAAGGAGUGCCUAAUUAAAGCAAUUAUUUCAUACGAUUCAAAGUGCCCAACAUGUAGAGAGAGCUUGAGUGAGAAAAAUGAUAACAAUGUAUAUUACGAGCCUAAAUUAGAAGUAAAUAAUGAUCUUGUAGCUGUAUUUAGAGAACUUAUUCCUGCGUAUAAAGCUUCCAGUAAGAAGAAGAAGACAUCUAAAUCCAGAAAAUGA